UUAUCAUGAUUUUACUCAAUGUUGUAAAAACUUUGCAUAAAUUCCUGAGUAAUUGUUGUACAACAUUGGGGAAGUAUUGACCAACUCAGUUGGCUGUUUAACGCUCAUUCAAUCUGGGGAGAAUUUACUCAUUAAGAGAGCAAAAUCAUACCACACAUUGAGCAAAAUUCAGUCAAAUGUUGUGGUGGUUCAGCCCGUGCGGCGGUCUUUGUCAGUUGGAAGCACGAGACCAACAGAACCAGUCAAAAAGAAUUAAUUUUGCCAUUUUGAGUUGCAAAAUUAAAUUUACGCCAAAAUGGGUGAUUUUGUUGAAAAAGUUCUCGAGAUUGCAGGGCUGGUGGAACUCAUCGCAACAUUCAAAGAUCAAGACGUGGACGAAAAUGUGCUUCGCAAACUGCCAGAUUGCCAAGUCGGAUCGCUUGAAGAGCGUCUUUUAGCUGAUAUCGUUCCAUCAAUUGGACGGAGGCUAAAAAUUAUUAAUGCAAUCAGGGAAGUCGCCGCCGUAAGUACCCUUCAAAAUAAACGACUGUUUAAUUAUUUGGAGCACCCGUUGAUUGUGGCAAAUACGAGCUCGGAGUAUGACAAAUCCAGUGAACAGCAGCUGGAAAAUAUGUACAAAUUAGUGCUGAUUAAUAAUGAAGAAACAUGCUCACAAUCCAAUAACAAUUUUGAGCAAGAAUCUAUUUGCUCCGUAAACAUUUCUGAGGUCGAUAAAUGUUUGUCACUGUCAGAUCAGUUAUUUAAUGUUAAAGAAAUUAUAGUCCAAUCAGAUCGUGAAAAAGGUACGGCCAAAGGACAGGAAAUGUUGCAACUAAUUAUUAGCCAAGGGAUGGCGUCGUUCCAAGUCAAAAGUUUAAUUAAGAGGCGCACAGUGAAUUAUCUCAUCAGAAACUAUUCCAACUAUCCACCUCGCCAUGUUAAGAAAAAUCUAGCUGAGUGCAUCUCCUCACAAUUGUUUGGGCACCUCGCCGAACAGCAGCAGAUUGAUAUUAAAAGCUUAUUCUACAGUGACGCCAAGUCAAUUGACACAGAGGAAAUGGACCAGAAAGGGCGAAUCAUUUACAAAAAUAUUCCAGCGACAGGAUUGAUCGAGGACCGAUUAAAAUACUUGCGGAAUAAAAACUGUAUUUCAAUUCGGAAGAAGCCAAGAGUCCUCGACUCUAUUACUAAUGAUCCUACUGUUGAGGAAUACGAAAUGAAAUCCUGGCUGUCUAACUCAAAAUCACCUGCAUCUCAGGUGCUGCAAUACAUGAAGGACACCUUUAAUUUGCGAAGUCUAGAAUUAAAAAAUACAACCAAUUUGAGUAACACUUUACAAGAGUGGCCACAUCUUCUUGAGACAUCUGGUGUGAUUGACCAGGACUUUGAAAGAUUGAAUCCCGGGAAAUCGGAAAUUAUGCUAAGGAAGUGGCCUAGCAUCGCCAAACAAAUUUGCGAAUUCGCCGAGAGGUCUCAAACCAAAGCAAUAGCUGAGUCAGGAAUUAAAAAAAUGUUUUCAACAUUAUCAUUGGAUGAGAUUACAAUUGCUGCAUUUGUGAUGUUGCCGUAUCUGACCUCGACAUCAGCUUAUAAGAAGAGAGGAGCAAAGAAAGUCAAAAUAUCAGCUGCGGCGGCUGCUGACUUUUUUAUUCAAUUUGUAUCUAAAACUUUUGAUUUGGAGUCGUUCAAAGCCAAUGAAUCGGAGCGACGUCAACCGUUUGUUGUUUGUGUUGGAGAUUUGGCAAACCUUAUAAUUAAGGAUGUUUACGUUAUGCUUGAGCGAAAAUUAAUUAAGUCGCCGACGAUAAUUUCUGCCGUAGAUUUAUGUUUUAAGUUGUUCCAUGUUUUAAAACUUAAGUUCCCCGAUGAAUGUUACCCGGUCUGGUCUUUCUUUGAUCACACGGUCUACCAGAUAAACGAAAUUGUAUCUCCACCUGCAUCAGUAUUAGCUUUAGGAUCUCAUAUUAUUGUUUAAUUAAUUUUGCAUGUAUGUGUAAUAAUUAGUUACAAUUUAAAUUGUGUUCAUGUAUUUAAAUUUAUCAGUAUUCGUUUUUGUAUAAGAUUGAAUAUUUAAUUCGGAAUAAAAACACUAAAAAAAUAAUUAAUCAGACGUUGUUGAAGUUUAAUUCAAUAUUAUGCUAAAAUUCAUCCAAUUAAUUGCAUAAAUAAUUUGCAAGUGAGUUGAGCAUAAUUCAUUCAAGCAUUUGAGUAAACUUUUGUCAGCAAGUUGAUUAAAAUUUGCCCAAUUCAAUAGUAGAGAACGCUCAUUAUAGUUGAUCAAAUUUUACUCAACAUUGGUCAAAAUGAAUCACUCAAGUGGCUUGAGGAAAAUUUAACCAAGACUUGUUUCCAUCACUUUUUUCCUCAGGGUU